GAGCAGGGAGGACACACUGUGCAUGGACAGCACACAAAUGCAUCCAGCCAUGGCACCUGCAAUCUCUCUGCAAGACUCACUGAUUCCCACUCACAAGAUUCGAAAGCCUCUGGUGGAAAAGUUCCGGCGAGAGCGAAUCAACAGCAGCAUCGAGCAGCUCAAGUCUCUCCUGUCCGCCGAGUUCCUCCGGGAGCACAAAGACUCCAAGAUGGAGAAGGCGGACAUUCUGGAGAUGACCGUUUGCGUCCUCAGGAGACUCCAGUCCGUCCCUCCAACCGGGGCACGCUUUGAACGACUCGAGUCUUCCUGUGAGAACAGUGUGGCGGAGGAGGACUUUUCUCCUCCCAGCUCUCCGGGCCGUGGUAGCAGCAGCAGCAGCAAGAAGGAGCGCUCGUCCCAGAGCGUCCCCUGGAGGCCCUGGUAGACCAACUCAACUGACUCCCAUGAGCCGUUCUCAUGACAACUAGUUUUAUUUCCGAUGGAAACUUUCGACGGAAUAUCUUUUGUUACGCACGAUGCAUUUAUCACAUCUGAUUGCAAUUUUCUUCUUUUCCAUAUUUUUUCAAAUAUGAAAAUGCUCAUUUGUUAUUGAUCAUAUUGAUCAUUUUGUCUUGCUGGUUGAGGUCCUAUGGAAACAACAGCAAUAAUAAUAUCUUGUUGUGCAUGUUGCAUAAAGAGUCCGAUUGCUUUGACAAUCAUUAUUAACCAGUUGUGAAUCUUUUCAUGUAUUCUUACAUGAUGAUGUUACUUCUGAUCAUAUUGAUCUCCUACUUUUUGUUGGAGGAAUUUUCCAAUAGGGAAAAAAUAGCAAAGCAUCUUUUGCAUGUUUUUCAUGCAUGUUGUAUGAUCUAUUCUGGUGAAUCUCAUUACUUGAGAUUUGAAUUAUGACUGAAUUAUAUUUGCAUUUUGUGAAAGAAUCCAUUAAGACAUGCAAUCACUGUUGUUUAGUGAUAAUAUUUUUCAUUUGUCAUGCCAUGAUGAUGUAUUGUUAUUUUGUCCUUUCUGUGGACAUCAAGUUAUGAUCUGUUUUAGGGUCAAUGAACAAUAGUCUUUUAUUCAUAAAAGCUUUGAGUUGAAAAACAGUAUGAUCUGUUGCAAUGUUAUUGUUGCAAAGCAACAAAUGUAUAAUUGUUUUUUUUAGUCUUGCGUAGACUUGUGUUCUUGUGAUGCAUCAUCACUUGCUGCAA